UUUGACGUUAGCGGGAAUCUGUUAUAUCUGGUGCAUCUAUGGCACGGUGGACUGCCAUCUGUCAUCGUCGAGACAUGGCGUAUGUUUUGUUAUAUGCUCGAGGAUGGUUUCGCGCAAAGUGUCUAGUAAUUGUUACAAAGUUUGUGGAAUUUAAUAUCGCUUUGUGCAUGCUCUACAAGUUCGCAAAACGACAAUCAAGUGCGUGAAACGCAAUGAACGCGACAAGUCUAUACGUGUCAACGUGUCGGCUGGUGCUGCAGGCGGAUGUGGAAGAUCCGAAAACUUGGACGGAUUUGUACAGGCUAGUCCCGUAUCUACGACAGAGCCUCAGCUGCACCGUGUGUUCGAAUUUGCUAAUCGAGCCGCACACGCCAACAGAAACCAACUGUCAACAUCACGUGUGCCGCGGAUGUCGUGGCGGCCGCAAGAAACUGAAACCAUCGUGCGGUUGGUGCAAAGAUUACGACAAGUACGUGGAAAACGUUCAACUGCGGAUACUGUUGCAGUGCUAUAAAAAACUUUGCGAGUAUCUCACCAGCACCGGCAUUUAUCGCACUCUACUGCUCUCUGUGACGUCUGCUAACAACGCGACAACCAAUGGAGCACCGUCUACGAUCGGUGCGAGCAGUCUCAUGGAGCUCAUCCAGGAAGGCGCAGGCUUCAAGGAUGAGUUUAAAAGCAACGCAGGUCUUUCUAAAUCCGCAUAUAGUAUCUUGCCUUGUGUUUACACCAGCACUACAUCCACUCAGACACAGGCAAAUAACAUUCAAACUACAGAGGCGAUAUCUCAGAGCAUACCCGAAUCACCCACAAUCCGUACAGUAUCAAACGGAUCGUCCAUAUAUUCCGUGAUGUAUGCUGGAUCUGGAAACAAAAUUACAAUAAAACGAAAAGCAGCUGCUAUGGAAGAUACAGAAAUUGGACAACAAGAGACAGACGGAAGUCAACAUAGCUCUACAGGAGGAGUAAAAUGUAUUCCAUCUUCCCAUCAUCUCAAAUACGGGUCUCCUUGCGAGAAAAAAGCAUCUUCAAAGAACAGCAAACCAUCGGGCAGUUUUAAAAAGCCAAGAUCAAGUUCCGCCAGAAGUAAAAGAAAAGGUUGCAGAUGUGGCAAUGCCACCGCAAUGCCUGGAAAGCUAACUUGUUGCGGCCAAAGAUGUCCUUGUUACGUCGAAAGCAAACCUUGCGUAGAAUGUAGAUGUAGAGGUUGCAGAAAUCCUCAUACAGCUGACGGAUUAAAGAUUCGUCCACAUAUACCUGAACUACAUAAUUUACAAUUGCAAUUGUCCACUUCCUUGGAUUGCGACACACUAAACGGAGAUCCUUUGGGAACCGUGCCACAAUGUCUUUCAACGUCUCCUACGACGAUACAAGUCUUAAAUGUGUAUUCCACCCCGAGAUUAGACAUUGACAACGUGCCCCAGAAUUUGCCCGCAGCUUUGUUAGUGGGAGAAGACGCGAUAGUCAGUACUGAGAGUGAAGCGGAAGAUAGUGAUAUACAAAUUGAUGUGUGACAAAGCAUUUAAAGUUGAUAUCGCUGAAGAAAACCCGUACGAGCGAUAUUCAAAUAUAAGAACUGGUCCAAGUUAAAAAAAAAAACGAUAGGUUAAUGUUAGAAAGAAUUUUUAACGAUAAGUUAAUGUUACAAAUAAUCUCAAGAAGUGAAAGAUGCGUCGAGUUUGAGAUAAAUAUAAUUCCUGUUUUAUCGCAUCGAAGUACACGACACGAAUAAGAAAUCGGUGAAUAUUUUUCUUACAUGUAUCGAAAUUCUCUUGUGUACUACCGACAUUUGACAGUAUAGUAUAGAAACUCUUUUGGUUUUAUUUAUUAUUUCUAUAUUAAUGUAAAAUAGCAUGUAUGCGAUUGAAAUAUAUUGUACAGUUCCGACAAAGAUACACCUUGUAAUAAGAUGAGAAGAUAUUCUGAUUCUAAAAAGUUGAAACAAUUGUUUGAGGAGAUUUUUUUUUGCAAAGAAGCAAAAAACCAAACAUCACAGAAGAAACUAGGCAAAAAAGAGAAAUCAUUAUUAUUAUCCCACCACGACGUUUUUAUAAAGAAUACAAAUUAGUUGCGAAUAAUGUGUGUAUAUACUAAAAUAUAAAAAUAUUUUAUAAACAUAAAUAUCCCGGAAACAGAACUUUUUUGAAUAUAUCUCGCUUUAUUGUUGAAAACCUU